UCGUCUUCCAUCAGUGAGAAGAAUGGGCUCCGUGUCGGAGGAGCUCAGCCUGGUCCCCCUGCACCAGAGGCCGGAGCUGAUGGAGGCCUGUGCCCAGCUGCUCGGUGAGGAGUGGGGCAAGAGCCGGGCGUCCCGGCUCCACUCACUGCAGCGCUCCUCAGACGCCUUCCCCACCUGCCUGCUGCUGCUGCAGAGCUCGGGCCCUGCUCAGCUCCCCGCUUCGGAGAAGAGCCCAUGCCAGCUCCUGGGCCACAUCCGGCUGUCCCGUGUGGCUGGUCACCCCUGUAGCCUCUUCGUGGAGAGUGUGGUGGUGCCCAAGGCGCUGCGGGGCCAGGGCUACGGGAGAAAGCUGAUGGAGGCCGCGGAGCGGUACGCCCGGGCCCGUGGCUUUCGCCGCCUGCACCUCACUACCCACGACAAACAGCACUUUUAUGCUCACCUGGGCUACACACUUGCCGAGCCGGUGCAGGUCAUGCCUUUCAUGAGUCCCGGCAUCUCUGCCGAGGUGCUGCGGGUCUUCUCUGCCCACCCCAGGCCAGCUGUGAGCACCCCGGGCACCUUGGUGCCAGGCACCAACAAGCGCUCCCUGCCAUCCCCUGAUGUGCCCCCGCCGCCUCCACUGCCUCCCCAGGGCUGCUCGAGGGCUGCCCCAGCCACGACCUGCGGGCAGAGCAUCCUGGAAACCCCCCACCGUGAUGCUAAGGGUGUGCCCAUCUUCUGGAUGAAGAAGGAUGUUUGAGGCCCCAGCACCCCGAUAUGGUCAUUAAAGGCAAG